AUGCAAAAACAAUUCGUUGUUUCAUUGAUCGUACUUUGUCUAUCGGCAUUUUAUGCAGUCGGGUAUGUUGUUGAUGAUCCUGAUGAACGUCAACUAAAACAAGAUCUUCGGCAACUCUUACGUCGAAUGAAGUCGAAAGAUGCAGCCAAAAUCAAUCCUAUAUAUACUCAAUUCUGUAUACUACAUGUGCCUAUUCACUUUCUUAUUCACGACAGAAUGCAAAAACAAUUCGUUGUUACAUUGAUUGCACUUUGUCUGUCGGCACUCUAUGUUGCUGGAUAUGUUGUUGAUGAUUCUGAUGAGCGUCGAUUUAAACAAGAUCUUCGAAAACUCAUACGUCAAUACCGAUUCCAAUACGGACGACGUGGUUCGGCUCGUUUCCUGACAAACAAAAGAGAUGAAGAAGUGCCACUCAGCACAUACCGACAACAAGCUUUAGAUAAACACAACGAAUAUCGAAGUAAACAUUGCGUACCGUCACUUCAAUUGGACCCGCAAUUAAACGACAUCGCACAACAAUACGCAGAAAAACUAGCUGCGACCGAUACAUUUGCGCACAGUGGUAAUACAUUCAAUGGACAAUGGAUGGGAGAAAAUCUUUACAUGUACGGCUCAUCGGGUUCCGUCUUGACAGGCACAGGUGACGCACCCGUUACAUCUUGGUACAAUGAAAUUGCUGACUACAACUGGAACAAACCGGGAUUUUCAAUGGCAACUGGACAUUUUACUCAAUUAAUUUGGAAAGCGACAACGAAUGUGGGUAUUGGUCGAGCUGUAUCAAACAGUAACCAGCUGUAUGUUGUUGCCAACUACUUUCCCGGAGGCAAUAUGGAAGGUGAUUUCGAAGCAAAUGUACCACCAUUAUGUUGA